AUGGCCCUCAAAGCCGCCGUCUCCGUCACCCCGCUGCUGCCGUCGCCUCCCCUCCGCCGUCUCCUGCUCUCCCCCUCUUCCUCUUCUAGCUCCGCGGCGGCUCGCAGGAUCGCGAAGGUUUCCGCGGCGAUGGCGACGACGGCGGUGCAGCCGGCCGUGGUGGUGGGCGGCGGCCGCGUAGGCCAGGCGCUGCUGUCCAUGGGCCCGCCGGGAGGGGACGUCCUCGUGGGCCGCGGCGAGAAGGUGCCCGACGACGCGCCCGGACCGAUACUGGUGUGCACGCGCAACGACGACCUCGACGGCGUGCUCGAGGCCACCCCCAAGUCGCGCUGGCGCGCAGAUUUGGUGUUCUUCCAGAAUGGAAUGCUGGAUCCAUGGUUCGAGAGCAAGGGUCUAGUGGACGCAAACCAGGUCUUGGCCUACUUCGCUAUAUCAAAGCUUGGAGAGCCACCAGUCGAUGGGAUUACUGAUACCAACCCAGAGGGGUUGACUGCUGCAUUUGGCAGCUGGGCUCCUUCAGUGGCUGCCCGCCUGCAAAACGGCGGACUUACCUGCAAGGUGCUUGAAAAGGAAGCCUUUCAGAAGCAGAUGCUAGAAAAGUUGAUAUGGAUUUCAGCUUUCAUGCUUGUUGGUGCUCGGCAUCCAGGGGCUACUGUUGGUGUGGUGGAAAAAGAUUACCGAUCUGAGGUUGCGAGCCUGAUAGCUGAAUUAACAUCGGCUGCGGCUGCAGAGAGAGGGCUCACAUUCGACGAAGGCAUAGAGGAGCGGCUUUGUGCUUACUCCAGGGCUGUGGCACACUUCCCUACAGCUGUGAAAGAGGCAAGUCCUACCAAUGAGGAUCUAUUGAGAAGUUAA